CCUCCUCCAUCUAGUUAGGGUUUAGGCAAAAUCUUCGUUCUCAGUCUCUUCGCGCGCAAAACCAUGGAGGAGACCUCAAAUCCAGCACCAUCACCAUCAUCAUGUUGGAGCAACAUAGUGAAGAACCAACCAGCUCCGAAGCCCCAAAACCUAGACCCGACCUCUUCGAUUCGGGUCCUGGCUGAGAGCUGCAAGUCCACCAAAGGCAUAGCAAUGGCGGUAAUCGACGCCAACGCCAUUAUCCAAGGUGGAGACAAGCUCAUCCAGUACGCUGACACGUUCGUCUCCGUACCCGAGGUCAUCGAAGAGGUUCGCGACCCUGUCUCUCGUCACCGACUCUCCUUCAUCCCUUUCCCCGUGCAAACCAUGGAACCGACCCCCGAAUCCCUCAACAAAGUGAUUAAGUUUGCUAGGGAGACUGGGGAUUUACAGACUCUAUCUGAUGUGGAUAUUAAACUGAUUGCUCUGACUUACACUUUCGAGGCGCAAAUCCAUGGCACUGAACAUUUAAGAGACUGUCCUCCUCCUGUUCAUACUGUCAAUGUGAAGAGGCUGCCUGAGAAGGACAUGCCAGGGUGGGGCUCCAAUGUACCCAAUUUGGAAGAAUGGGAAGCAUUAGAACAGCAAGCUGAGGAUAAAUCAAACACCAAUUCUAAAAUACUUCCUUUGAAAGAUUUAAGCCUGAAUGUUAUAUCUGAAGCUGGUUCUGAGAAUCAGGAGGUUGCUGAGGAUGAUGUGGGGAAGCCUAAGAGAUAUUUUCCCAAGAAAAAAGAGAUAAACAUUGAAGGUAAAAAGAUGGUUGCAGAUGGUAUUGAUGCAUCCCAAGGAGAGUUUGAUGAUGAUGCUGGUGAUUGGAUGCCUGCUGUUAGUCGAAGUACUCACAGAAGGUUUCUUAGAAGGAAAGCUAGACGUGAAUAUUAUGAGGCAUCAGCUGAUAGAGAUGGGAUUUCUGUGGACAAUGGGAUAACAGAGGAGAAGAAUGAUGAGGAAAGCCUUUCCUCGACACUCAAUGAAAUGAGGCUAGAAGAAGAUUCAUCAAAGGGUCUUCAAGAAGAGCAUGAAAAUGUUGAAGGAGAGCGGGCUGACACAGUUGAUGAAAAAUUAGACCAUUUCGAGCUUUCGAGUCAUAUUAGUGAUAGUGUUGAUGCCUCAAAUGACGAGGAUGAUGAUAAUAGUGAGCAGAGCUGGAUGCUUAGAUCCUUAUCUGAGUCCACUGUAGCUUGCAUAACUGGUGACUAUGCAAUGCAAAAUGUUCUUCUGCAGAUGGGAUUGCGGCUGGUGGCACCUGGAGGAAUGCAGAUCCGUCAGCUGCACAGGUGGAUUUUGAAAUGCCAUGCCUGCUAUACUGUGACUGCCGAAAUUGGAAGGAUUUUCUGUCCAAAGUGUGGAAAUGGUGGCACUUUGCGCAAGGUAGCUGUUACAGUUGGCGAGAAUGGAAUCAUUUUGGCUGAUCGGCGGCCACGGAUUACGUUGCGUGGCACAAAAUUUUCAUUACCUUUACCUCAAGGUGGAAGGGAUGCUGUAACUAAGAACCCGAUUUUACGUGAAGAUCAGCUCCCACAGAAGUUCCUUUAUCCCAAAACAAAGAAGAAAGCUAAUAAACAGGGAGAUGAGUUCUUCGCUACUGACAACAUCUUCACUCACCAUACUGAUAAAAAGGCUCCAUUGCAGCCUCCAGUAAGGAAAGCAUUAUCAGUUUUCAGCGGGAAGAGGAAUCCCAAUGACAAUCAUUUCUCUCGUUCCAAGCAUAAAUAGUGGUUUUGGUUGAAUUGUAUUUUGCUUCUUGAUUUUUCCCUGUUGGUUUUGAUAUUACGAAUUAUGGCUUUGUAUUUGUUGAGUGAGACCUAAACAUCCACUGCUGGUAGUGCGUAGGGGUGCUCAUCGGAACGGAUAUUCCUCGGUCGGUUUUGGUUUUGGGCCAGCACUAUUUUGGACCAUUCUGACCCCAUUUUCAGACUGUUCAGAUCAUUUAUAGAAAUUUUUUUUUUCUGACACAAAACUAUUGGGCAGGAUUACUCUUUAAAUUUGGGCCUAUUUCUUUUCGCUU